GGCGGGGCUGCAGCAGCAACACUUCGUGCAGCAGCAUCCACCGGCGCAAUUCCAGCAGCCGCAGCAGUAUCAACUGCAAAUACGUAGUCUGGGUAUGGAAAAGUGGAUCUUCUGAUGCUGCUUUUGGAUUCCAGAAAAAUUUGUAUUGCCCGAGCAGCAAGAGAAGUCUAGUUUUGGUUUUCUUUGUUACAACGCCGACAGAGCAUGAUUUCUCGUGCGCAAUAGGCAACAAGAUCAAGAACCACUCAGAAAGUUUGUGAUGCUAGGGAAUACAUUGCAGACAUCACGGGUCAUGUAAAAGCUGCAUGACAAGUUCUUCCAGACCCAGACAUAUUUGCUGUUGAUAAGCAGCAGCAGCCUCUCCACAACCUCCUUUCGCAGCAGAACAAUCAAGGACAGCUGGAUUUCAUGCACCAGCAACCGUAUCAAAUGUAAAAAUCCCUGGACGUCUGGAAGGUUGGAACUUGUGAUGCUAACUUUGGACUCUAAAAAAAUCUGUAUUGCAUGACCAGCAAGAGGAGUCUAGUUUGUGCUACGCGGGGAGGGCGUUUGUCAUGCGGGGUAGGUAUGAUCAGGAAGGGUUCUAAAAAUCUGUGAUGGUAGGGCAUACAUCACAAACAAUCCUGGGUCAUGCCAGACAAGCAUGACAAGUCUCAGAAUCUUCCCGAGCCAGACACUUUUGCACAGGAUAAGCCGCUCGACUGGAUCACUUCUGAAAAUUUUCAAAACUUUGGCAAUUUGAACAGCUUCGGAGGAGGGCCUCAUUUUGCCGCAUCAGGUACAACUUCUUACUGAAAUGACUUUACUAUGUUGACUGCCGCCGUUCGACUGUCUUGAUCAUGUUGAUGAGAUGAUUAUCACACUCACUGAAUAUAGAUAUCAGAAGUCCACUUGUUAAAAGUUGCACAAAAUACAAAAUUACUUCUCAGGAAAUAAUGACCAAGCGGGCAGCUUGCAAGGAAACAACAGUGGCACAUCCACUUCUUCUAUGCAAAGAAAAAAAUGUUACACUUACACAUUUUCUUGCGGCUGGACAAGCGUGAGAAACAAGCCUUCUACUCAUGCCGGAUAUACACAAGAGCACAGCUUCAUACGUGUUUAUGUUUCCCCUUGUGAAGAUCUCGGCAUAUGCCUCCACACAGAGACAAUUUGUCUUGCUGAAGUUGCAACAGCACGUGUGUAUAAUCUGUAGCACUUUUUUCUUGUGAUAUCUUCUAUCCCGUUUUUGGUCGCCGGCCCCGGUUCCGGAGCACAACUAAAUCGCGGCUUGGGCGGUAAUGCUACGAUAAUACAUGAAAAUUGAUCGGACCACUUUAUUUCUUCGGAUAAUUUCUAUAUUUUGGAUGAGUAUCUUCGCAUUGUGUUUGCAGUUAUUUCAUAUAUUCAUGUUGAGUUGACUUUUCGUACUGUUCAUUUUGAACCACCUUGUCCACGUGUCGUGCUCCUCCAUCUCUAAUAUCAUUCGAAUUUUGAUAUCGCUACAGGCAACUUCAAUCCCGGUCCGGGUCCGCAAUCGAAUCAGGACCUCCAGCAGCAUCAAGUUGGGGGUGCAGGAGGAGCUUCCUCUAGCAAUGUUGGCACGACGUCGGGUCAACUACAGCAACAUCAUCUUCAUCUCGGCCACACUGCAGGAACACCUAUUUCCUUUCCAAUGAACAGCAACGACCUGACUAAUGUGGCCCAGCUGCAUCAGUUGGCUGGUGUGGCUGCUCUACCCAGUACUAACCACGCGCAGAAUAAUAAUUCGCCAGCCGGAGGAGCGGCGGGAGCAGGAACGACGAUUACCGCUUCGCUCAACAAGAACGUGUUGCUACCUCUGGGCGGCGGCGGGGGUAGCGGUAGCACUAGCAUUGGAGGCAACAACAGCGGAAGCUGCAAUCAAAAUCCUCUUCAACAAAGCUGUAAUCAGGUGAAUCUGCUGCUGCAGUUGCAGCCGCUUUUAAAUAACCUACAACAGCAGAACAUCAACCUGCAACAGAAUACAACAACUUCUAACAUCGAUAGUACAACCACUAAUACGAUGAAUCUAGCAGCGCAACAGCUCCUGCUGCAACAAGGGCAGCAGCAGCAGCAGCAGCUGCAACAAGGUGGCCAGGGCCACCUCCAGCAGCAGCAGCUCUUAAUAAACCCAAUUGUGUCAACAUCCUCGUCGUCUGUAUCCACCCCCGACGGGGAUCAUCAACAGUUUCCUACUUCCACGACCUCGGGCGCAGCUGCGGUCCUCACUUCUGACCUAAACGCGCAGCAGAAGCAGGAACUAGUUCUGUCGAGCCUACUGACAUUACAACCCGGCGGGGCGGCGACCACGUCGACCACGAUAAUGAACACCACCAAGCCUCCGCCUUCUACCCCUGCUGCUGCUCUGGCGGCGCCGAGUAGUUGUACUGGUGGAGAUCAUCUAGUUGGCCGGGUGGACGACCGCGACGUGGGUCCUCACGACACGCAGGAGGAGAGUUCAUCGGCAGACCACGGGCCGCCGCCCUCUUCUUCCAUCUCCUCCGAGCAGCCCCUAGGUGUAGUCGGGCCACCUCCCAUGACUCCCGGGCGGCCAACUCCCAGUGGUGCGGCAAAAAAUAAGUAUGGAGAGAAAAAAGUUUGUCACAGUCACUAAGUUGCAAGGUUUGCAUUACAAGUUUUUUUUGCAUCACAACUUCUCCUUGUAUUGCAGAAACACUAGGGAAAUCCCUUAUGAAGUGUGGCUGUGAUGCAUUUUUACGCAUGACAGACAAUUUUGUCUUGCAAAAAUGCCCAUGAGUGAUCGUGACGAACUUUUUUUGUUUGAUAAUAAAUACAACAAGAAUAUUAACUCGACGUCCGGUAAUAAAAAACGCGGGACCACGACCACUUCUGGCGCUAGCUUCAGGACGAGCGUGGGCCAGAACAAUUACAACUACGCAGCUCCUCAUCACAACAAUCCGUCUUCAGCUCCAGCUGCUGAUGAUAAUGUCCACCAUACUAGUAACUGCUCCGAAGGAAUAAACAAGUCGUCGAAGCAGGAUAUUCCACCUUUCGGAGGACGGGUAAAAAUCGGAUUACAGCAGCAGAAAGGCAAUAAAGGCGACAGCACUGGUGGUACGCCGCCGCGCGUCGAACACCAGUCGUCUGGAAUUGGGGCGGCUAUUUCGAAAAAAAACGACCGGAGUCGUGCUUCUAUCCAAGAAAAAAACUGCGUGAGUGUAACUUAACUUUGUUUGGCUGGUGACAGCAUCACAGAGUUGUAGCUCUACAUGACAGAGAAAAUAACCUGUCAUGGGUGACUUGUAACGUCGGAAAACACACCUGGAAACAGGAUUUGCAUGGUUGUCUGGCAUGACAGGUUUAAACUCUCUUGCAUGUUCUCCCGCAUUACAGAGCUACACUUACACAGUUUUUUUCUUGCAUAGCUUUCGGGGAGGGUGCGCUAGCAUCUUCACCUAGAAGUUCCUCCGCUGAAGAAUUGUACCAGGAAGAGGUGUAUCCUGUGCAAAAACAUCGUACUCGUACAAAUGCAAGUCUUGCAUUACAAACAAGGUCCACGCGUGGGGACAGGGUCCCCACGCUGGGGCCUUGUGCCCAUCCCUAGUGGCGCUAGUGGGGGAAGGGUGUUCGGCAUCGGGGCGGACAGCGUCCGCCCCUCGCCUCACACCAGGCGCGCGCAUAGUGGCUUAGUGCGCGAAGCACUAGUGGGGGAAGGGUGUUCGGCAUCGGGGCGGACAGCGUCCGCCCCUCGCCUCACACCAGGCGCGCGCAUAAUGGCUUAGUGCGCGAAACGCGAGUGGGGGAAGGGCCUUCACCUGUCGCGGCCACCUGUCGUAGCCACCUGUCGCGCCCACCUGUGCUGGUCACCUGUCACGGUCACCUGUCGAGGUCACCUGUCGAGGUCACCUGUCAAGGUCACCUGUCAAGGUCACCUGUCAAGGUCACCUGUCAAGGUCACCUGUCGCCGGGGGUAUGCGUUACCAGAACCCGGAAGUCAAGCAAUGUAAAUAUUAAUCUGUUUCUCAAGGUAAAUCCGCAUUACAAACCUUAUUUCUCAUGCUGAGGAAAUUUGUAAUGCGUUUAUACGACGAGAGCGAUACUUUUGCAAUUCACAAGCUGCGUCUGUUAAGUCAAAGUGGUCUGAACUUGGAAAUCGGAAUGUAUACCUGGCAAAUAUUUUUACGUAGUCUGGGUCGGGAAAAACAAAAUUGUAAUUGUUAGGCUGGUCCUUCUAGAUGAAAAUCUGUAUUGCUUGAUGAACAAACCUAGAUGUAACGCGCAGCGUUCUUUGUCAUGCCAGGACGCAGUGUAAAUGUGAUGUCGUGCGCGCCACGUAUCUAUCUCUAUGAGACAGCUUUGCAAGAAGUAGAUCUUGUCAUGCUCGCGGCUGCUGGAUCGGGAAUGUAUGCGCACUUCAGCGUCAGCACAGCUUUAAAUUAUUCCAGAACUAGACCAGACCGCGUAUUAAUUUGCAUUGGAUAUUAACCAGCUGCGGCGAAAAACAAGCGGGACCACGCCGAGAGGUCCGGAGUUAUAUCCAAGAAAAAAACAUUGUAGGUGUAACUUUUUUGGAGGAACAGCAUUACAAAUUUGUCUGGCAUGACAGCAAAAACCUGUCAUGCGCAGACAGUACGUGAAAACGCCCUUUAAUGGACCCUAGGAUGCAUGCCAAGCAUGACAGACGCAAUCAUCUUGCAUGUUGCACAUCACAAAUUUACACUAACAGCGUUUUUUUCUUGGAUAAGUUAUUUCGGAAGAACAGUUGGUAUGCGGGCGAAGUCGCACACGCGGAUCUGUUGCGUCAAAUUUCCCUGGAGAUGGCCUGCGGGCGGUGGAACAAGCUGUACUCGUCGGGUAGAACUGCAGAUAGGGACGCCGCUCGUUACAAACGGUGGGCUGGGAAUAUUAAAGACGGUAUUAACAGCGAAGACGUUUAUUUCUCUAUGGAGGAGCAGAAACAUCAGCUCAACAUGUUCGAUGUCCGCGGUCGUGGCAGCAGCAAGCAUGAGGGCCUCGUAGUUCUUCCCGGGCGGCGCGGGAAAGAACGGGGGGCUCCUUCGGGAAUAAAGUCAUUGGAUGAGGUGGAACAGCACGGUAAAAAUACUUCAUCGACCGGCGCCGAAAAUUGUUAUACGAGUAGCAUUAAAAACCUCUCGUCCUCUUCGUCCUCGUCGCACGAGCACAAGUCUCUUCAUGUGCCAAGUCGCGCGAGCGAGCGGGAGCACCGGGGUGACGGCAGGGACUGGCGCGACAACCACGCAGACAACUACAAUUUGUCCUCCGGGCCCGGCAAGGACUAUCGGGACUACGUGAACAAUAGUACAGCGGCCAGUGCAGCUGGAACAUCAAACAUGAAUCUUAAAGACCCACGGCGCGGCAGUUCCGGGAAAAUCCACCACCACCACACUGGAGCGGCCGCGGGGGCGGCCAGUGGGUUCUCGUCGUCGUCGUACAGCUACUACGGGCGUGGUGGCGGUGGAGAAAAAGGCGCCGGUGCGACUUCCUCGAAGGACCAAGUGGGCAAUAAUUACAUAUGCAGGGCAAAAAUGUCUGGGUCUGGAAGAUUGCAACUUGUCAUGGUAAAUCUGAAGCAUGCAAAAAUCUGUGUUGCAUGAGUGCCAAAAGCUCUACACUUUUGACCAAGUUGGAAAGGAGUUUCUCAUGCAGGAUAGGCAUGGCAGAGACCUCGCAGAGUCUGUCAUGCUAGGUCCCGCAUUCCAGAUCUCAUGGGUGAUGGAAAAUCUGCAUGACAAGUCUACACUUUUCCAGACCCAGACAUUUUUGCAUUUGAUAUUACAACAAUAAUUUCAAUUCGUACGGCGCAUCUACUGCUUCCUCCUCCAGUUCCUCUAGCGGUAAGGACAAGCAUAAUCGGGAUCAUCACCACCAGAAUUUAUCCUGAGGAAAUAAAACUGCGUUGUCAUUCUUGCAGAGGUGUCACGCAGAUAAUUUUUCCUUGCAGGAACAUCGGUAAAGAAAAAAUUAUGCGCAUCCCCAGCACAAGAGGCAUUUCCAACGGUGUUUUGGCAUUUGCAGUGCUGUAAAUUAAUCACAGGACCACGGAAUGUUUUUGUGAUGCGGCUGUCCUUGCGAAAGUGCUCUAGAAUAAGUACAGAGAGGAACUUGUCAGGCGUCACUCCCAAGACUGACUUCUGAAUUUGUGUUGCUAAGUUUCUCUGGGGUGGUGACAGACGUGUUAUUUCCACACGAUAGACUUGGCAGUAUGGCCACAACGGGAGCAAGGACAACAUGCACCAUGGCAGUUAUAGUUCUUCUACCCAGCAGCAGGAGCACGGUACCAGUUAUCAACAAGGUGGUCAACAUCACCUACGCAUUGCAAAUGUAUCUCUGGGUCCGGAAGUAUAAAUGUAAGGUUAACUACAUUUUUUGUCAUGCUCGGCGAGCUGCAUGUUGGCAAUACAUAGAGCGAGCCUGUCAACAUGCACACUUUAUUUGAGCACCUGCACCCAAAACGUUCAUUUUUCUGUCAUGCAGAUGAAACUACCCAGUGUGUUUACCCUUCCCUGCAGAUGCAGAAGAGACAUCACGUAGUUCUAGCACCAUCUCCAAAAGAACUUGUCAUGCCUUGCCGCCACAACUUGCUGCUUCCCCUUGAGGAUCCUUCAACCAGCAUGAAAAGUUUCCAGACCGAGAUUUUUCACAUUUGCGUUUGAUAUGCUCACCCCCGGAGCGGGUCGUACAGUGGCGGCCACUACGGGAAGGACAAAGAAAAUUACAACUUGUACCAGCACAACAAAAGCAGCUACAAUAUGAUGAACGCAACGCCGACCGAAAAGGGACCUCGCGGGAAGAUGAAUUACGUACUGAUAUAUAGAAAUUACAUCGAAUUCGAAAUCGAUUUUUUUGUACACUUGUUCUUUUUCUAAAAAAGGCUGUUACGACGUUUUUGUCGACCACGUCGUACUUAUGCUGAAAAGCUUGUUCACCAGUUGAAGUUGUUGUGUGACUCAUUUUCGCAAACGACAUGAAAGAACUCCUGAAAUUUACUGACUAUCACAGCCGCGCAGUGGGUCUUCGUCGGAGCAUCACAAUUUUAUAUCAACUGCAAAUAUGUCUGGGUCUGGAGAAUACAAACUUGUGAUGCGCAUUUGAGAGCACAGAAAAAUCUCUCAUGCACAGGCAGCAAAAGUUCCCACUUUCUGUCACCAGAAUGGGGGAUUUGUCGUGCGGAUUCGGCAUUGCAAACGCUUCUCGAAACCUGUGAUGCUAGAGCUUCCAUGCCAGACCUUCCGUGUCAUGCAAAAACAGCAUGACUCUUCCAGACCCAGACAUUUUUGCAUUUUGGGGGAAGGGUCAUGAACAGUAGUAGUGUCAGCGAAUAGUAGUGAGCAUGCACCCACGGUGUGCUAUUCGCACGGCCAUGACACUACUGCGCGAGCACCCACAGGCUCCCAGGUGCCUAGCGCUUUGGCCAGCGUAGCACCUCGGUAGAGCCUGCGGGACCCCGUGGGCAGAAGUUCAUUGCACCCAAUUUGUACGUUGCGCAAGUGAUAGUAUAAGUAGUAAUAGUUAGUUCCACCGGUGGACAUAUUAGCAUGCUUAAUCUCUCUCUAAAUAGUGCAAACACGUAGUUCUCUUUUAUUUUCUUUCUUCAUAAAGUUCAAGUCGUUCUCUUCCCUGUGCUGUACCAAGGUCUUGUUUCCAGACAAAACACCAGACAUUUUUGCAUUUGAUAAUUUACCUCGCAGAACACAUCUCCGCGGGACGGGAUCAUCGGCACGAAAAAUAAUAGCGGCACUGGCACUGGCCCCGUGCACAAAGGUGGCAGCAAGAAUAAUUUUUCGUACAACAAUAGCGCUUCUUCUGGCACAGCAGGUGCUGGCUCUAGUACAGCUAUGAACAAGUACAGCGAGGGCAAAGGAACAACAUCAACCACCACUACUCAACAAGCGGGUGCUACGACGUCCUCUCCUUUGACAAACAGUUACAACAGCUUCAACCCGCCCGCACGUGGAACGAGCAGUGGAAAUGUUGCCGCUGGAGACGGAAGUUCGAGUUCUUCCACUGGGCAACUGCACGGAGAAGGGCUGGCGCAGGAGCAGCAACCCACUGGGGGAGGUACUGACUUCUACAACUUUAGCUCUUAAUCUUGUUUCAACAUCGAGGAUAGAGGUGGAAUGGAUAAAGUAACAAGCACUUGAAAGAGUUAGAAGAGUUACCGUUGUUUGUAAAUCGAUCAAGAAUCAUUGACGAACUUCUAGAGUAACAUGCAUCGAUGCAGCUACGGCGCGAUUGAUGCAUCGCGGCUUAGCUACCUGACUUCGAAGCUGAAAUUCUUCACAAACUCCUAUAACCAGACCCCGACGUGACGAGUAGUGUUUCUACCGACCCCUUGCAGCAUUCGGUGCAAACCAACUCCGAGGCGGGGGUGAGCGCGGCGCCGACUCUGGGUGUUUUUCAACAAAAUUCAUCUACUUCGAAGGACGACCAGGCCGCGGGGGCCUAUAAUUACACAAGAAACAAGAGUUCUUCCGGUGCCGAACACAAGAAACAAGACGAAGAGAAACACCUGAACAAGAAAAAUAUUAUCAUCAAGCCGACAACCGUUGACAAAGAUGCGAACCACGCCAAGGAAGAUGAAGAAAAAUCGCAAAUACAUAAAACUGAAAGUGGUGACAAACACGACAAAGUAGACACCACGUCAGUAUUAGAGCCGACUUCUUCGUCCUUCACCGGUGAAAAUGUUCAGGAUAGUACGCACGAGGCAGCUGCCCACGCGGCCCAGGUGGCUACAACUAGUAAAGGCCUCGAUGACGUCGACGCGGGCUGUGUUAAAAAUGAAGCCAGUUCUUCUGGUCGUGCACGUGCCCAGGAGGCAGAAGUGGUGGGACCCCCAGCUGCGACUUCUUCCAACCAAAAUCUGCUCGCGUCCGCACCUUCGCGGCUCAGUAACGUUGGGCCGUGUGGUCCUUCGCCCCCUCCAAUGAUCCCUCCCGCACUGCCGGAACACGACCCCCAGCUGCCGCUCUAUGCAUUGCAAAUAUAAUGUUGACUGGGAGGUCUGGAAUAAAGUAGGGUGUGUAGCUAGUACUUGUCAUGCGGCCUUUGGAUUCUGAAAUAAGAAUCUGUAUUGCAUGAGCGACAAGUUGUAGAGGACUCCAGUUUUUGCUAUGGGAGGAGGUUAUCCACAUUUCUCAUGCGGAUAAGAAGACCGCAUGGAUCAAAACCUGCGAAGAUUUUUAUGCUCCUAGGGCAUACAACAACACACACGGCUAUGCAAAAUGUGCAUGGCAAUAAACAUCCGCGCGAAGACUCUUUCCUACGACCAGUCACGAACAUAUUUGAAUUUGAUACGUUGAUCGGCACUACAAUGUCGUCGAGCAGUGGGGCGUCAACCUCUAAGACCAGCACGACCGUAUCAAAUGUAAAAAUGUCUGGGUCUGGAAGAUUGCCAGGUUUGUCAUGCACAUUUUGCAUGACUUCUGAUGUCUAUGAUGCAUGCCCUAGCAUCACAGAUUUUGUGAGGGCUUCCUGAUGCCUAUACCGCAUGGCAAAUGCUCUUUCCGUGUAGCAAAACUUGGACUCUCUUUGCUGCUCAUGCAAUACAGAUUUUUUUAGAAUCCAAAAUCAGCAUGACAAGUUGGAUUCUUCCAGACCCAGACAUUUUUACAGUUGAUAGACCCCCUUCAAUAACAACAACGCGACCACCACCGCCACGUCGCAACAAGCGCAGGGCCAGCACCAGGCUAUCGUGCCGCCUUGUUUGCCACCGGAUUUGCCGGAGUUAAGCCGGUUGGUUUCCGGAACGGCGGUCGUGCCACCGCUCUCCAAAGCCGUCGUAACUGCCAGCACCAUUGCUUCUUCCAGUUCAUCUUCGUCUGCUUUGGAAGAGAAUCAGCAGCAGCAUGCUGCCGCCAUGGCGAAGCUGCACAAGAAACUUGAGGAGUUUGAGGAGGCACAGAGCAAGCAGAAGGACGAAAUGAAGAAACUGAAGGAGCAGGUGGCCAGCCUGAAUUCCGAGUUGUCCCGCACGAACAAGCAACUCGCGACGGAGCAGCAGGAGAAGCAGAAGUGGGUAAAACAGGCGGAAGAGUGGAAGGAAAAGAAGAUUGCCACCGCGAACAACAAGGCUGCUGACCAGAACAAGCAACUGCAGGACCGGAUGAAAGCGAGUAAGCAGGAGUGCAGCGAGUUGAAGAAAAAAAUGGAAGUGAUGACGAUUGAAAGGAAAGAGGCGAAUCGGGAAAGCGAAAGCGUGCUGAAGAAAAUGGAGGAUCUGAAGAAGCAGAUCGAAAAUCUGCAUUUGCAGCACCAGAAAGAGGUGGACAAAAACGAGAAUUUAAGAAAGGAAAAUCAAGAGGCCGAAGCCUCUCUGCGGGAGGAGCUGAAGGCCGAGUACGAAGCACAAUUGGCGGACAACAUGCAAAAGAUGCAGAUUGCCCACGACAACAAAUACCACAAAAAGACCAUCGAUUUCGAGAAAAGCUCCAAGGCCGACGAGCGCAAGUUCAAGCAGCUGGAAGAACAGAUCGUGAAGAUGGCAAAGCAGGCGACGCGGGUGGAGCGCGAACACAAGAAGGCCCUGCAGGAGAAAGACAACCGGUGGGAGAAGAUUUACACGAAGAUGCGAACGGAGUGCGAGGACAUUGUGAACGGGAUGGAAGUAUCAACUGCAAAUAUUUUUAGUCUGGGUCUGGAAUAAACUUGCGAUGCUGGUUGAGAAAGAUUAGGACGGGCCUCAAGUGACUUUGCCAAGCAUGACAAGCUUUGCUGGAGGUACAAUUAGAAUUACAGUGUUGUCUAUUCUGCAUCGCAGUAGAGUGAGCUUCUCCAUGACAGAAAAAUGGAGCUUUUGGGUAAAAACGUGCAUGACAGACUUGACAGUCAUGCUAGCUAAGCAUGACAAACGUUGCAGCGCUCCAGACAUCCAGGGAAGAUAUUUGCAGUUGAUAGGAAAAGAAGGAAGACGCGCUGAAGGACAUCCUGGCUUCGCACAAGGACAUGUUCAUUGAAAAAGGAAUUCCAGAGCCGGCCGGCCUCUCGUCCAUCAUCGCGGGCCCGCUCGUGAACAAAAAUACGGGAAAAAUUAUCGAUCCCUUUAAACUUAAAGUGCUCCGGGAGAAGGAACGACAGUUCACGCAGAACUACUCGGCGGCCACCGUGGUCGCGUCUGAAGAUAAAAAUGCAGGAGCUGCGACGUCCACAUCAUUGGGAGGUGAUACUAAUGCGGGAAACAGCGGUGCAGUAGAUAAUGCUACUUCCAAUAAAUCUGCAUCGACUUCUGGGAACAGUAAGAAUCGCAAGAAGAACAAGAACAAAGACAGUAGCUCUUCGUCGUCCGCUUCCAGUGCUGCGACCACCUCGGGAGCAGGUCCGGCUGCAUCCUCCCCGUCUAUGACUUCCAACACGCCCACUACAACUGUCGGGGGUGAGCAGCAGCAGCUGUCGCUUCUGGAAUCAGUUGAUCAGCUGGAUUUUUCCCAGGUCUUCUGUGGGCAGAGCAAGAAGGAAAGGGAGGAGUACCAACAACUGAUCCUGGAGCAGCUGAACGCGUACAUCACGCACCAGAAUACGGUCCAGUCGCUGUCCCAAACCCGGUAUCAACUGCAAAAAUGUCGGGGUCUCGAAGAAUGCGAGAUCUGUCAUGCUUGUCUGACAUGACUCUUAAAUCUGUCAUGCACGUUACCCAAGAGCCCCAUUUUGCUGUCGUGCAGAAUAGGCAACACCUAAAAGCUCGAACGCUUGUCAUGCUGAGCCAGCACUUGUGGCCUCUUCAUGAUACGCCACCCAGCAUCACAAGUUUUCAGACCCAGACACUUUUGCAAUCCAUACCCGGGGGCUGCAAAUGGUGAGCCAGCACAGGAACGAGGUAGGAGAAGAUGAAAAAAAUAGUUCUAAGGGAUAUGACUUGCUCAAACGUUACAAUCUCAAACGUUACAAUAGAAUAGGGAAGUCUGUGAUGCAAGAAGUGCAUGAUCUAGCCUACCCCCACAGCAAUGCGCAUGACAAGUAGUUCUGGAGUCAAAAGCCGCACUAGAAUCUGGCGAAAUUUGUAUUGCAGAAAGUGGAACGCUCUGCGAGUCUGUCAUGCUCCUCAUGCAUCUACUGCAACGUUUGGGAUUGUAACGGUUGCGCAUGUCAUAAGGGAAUCAUAGGGAUGAGUAAGAAGAUACACGACCUCAAAGCGGCUGGCAAGGCAGAAUUGGAAAAUAAAGAUAAAUCGAAAAAAUAGAGUGAAUCAAUAUGAUGUACUCGUGAUUUGAAGAUCUUCGGAAAGAACCAGCACUGGCCCUGCUGGUUCUUUGAAUGAAGAUCAGUAUCUCUAUUGACCCGCCCUCUUUAGCAAGUUAUGAAUAUAGCACGGGAGAACUACGCGACCGUGACCUGGAUUCUGACUGCAGGAUCCGGGUAACAACAUCAAGUCGCUGGCUGCCCGAGCACAUAAGUUGUACUUACCCUGUAGUUCUAGUUGUACCAGGACGAUAUGUACUUGUGCUACCGCUACUGUAAAAUAAAUUGUCCCCAUCUAAUACACGGACUUUUCUAUUGGUUCUUUGCAGCUCAAUUUGUGGGUAGGUUCUACUUGCGCCACCUUUCGGCGGCUUGGGUAUCUUACACUCAAAAGCUAGUAGCUGUGUAGGAAAUAAAUACUUCGAAUAAAUUUGGUUGUCUACCGCAGCAAUGGCCAGUCCUCGCUGGUCCAUGGCGCUGCCUAUGUUGAUAUGUCUUGUUACGAUUUUGGUCUUUGUGGUUGAUAAAAUUAUUUUUCCCCCAGGAUUAACAUUAAGAGCGACCUUGAGGGGCACUGUAAAAGAUGCUGCUGCGUGCCCGCAGUUGGAAUAGGACAACCUCUCGCAACAGUAGUAUAUUCGUGGUCCUGAUCCUGAUCGAGGUCGCCCCCGCCCGGCGACAGCGAUCGGAACGAAAUAAAGUACUUUCAAGAGUAAGAAAGAAGAGGGUAAAAUAUAUUUUCCAAGAAGUCAAAUAUAUUUUUACCCCAAGACCUUGUAGUCAUCUGCCGAUGGAAAUAAACGAAAGGCCCACCUCUGCCUCUGUAUUAAAUUUGUCACGCUAGUAGAAGUAGCUUUGGCUUUCUUGUGCGUGAUGCGGUGCACCGUAUUAUGUACAGGCUGCUUUGUGAGCUGCAAGGUGUGCAAGUACCAUCUUUGGCAUUUGUCGCGUUUGUGAUGAUCUUGCCACUUCCUGCAAAUGGAGAUAGGGCCGCGACUUCGGAGAUAAGAAACUACAUUUUUUUUAGAAGCGACAGAAGCGUGAAAACUAAUUUUAGUUUUCUGCUGUACUACUACUUAACUUCCCCGUACAAUAACAAGAAUCUAGGGCACUGAAUGGAAGUUGUAAAGAAGCGAAAUAGUACUAGAAAGUUGUAGUCUAGUAGUCCCCUAGAAAAUCACGAAAGCUAUAUUCUUGCCCGCCUCUAACUAUGUAUAAAAUGACUACUACUUUAAUGUCGAUACUUUGAUCCUAUUUCUAAGUAACCGUAAGCUCGCAAAUUACAAUUCGAGCCAACUACCCACUCUAUUUUUCUCCACUUUUAAGUACAAACGCACUCUGUAACUUAGCGAGAGCCACACAAAAACUCGAACUGCCACCGUGAACAACAAUAGACGAACUUCCUGCUCUAUCAUUCCCUCACUUCUAAUCCUUCUGCAUACUCGAUGGAAAAGGAGCGGCUACGGGACGAGAUUGCGGACCUGACGAAGAAGCUGAGCAAAAAGGAGCAGGAAGUGAAAAAAUUGCUGCAGUUGUGUGCUGCCAGCAGCUCGAGCGCCAGCGGAAGCAGCAAAUCUGCCGACAAAGCCACCGCGUCGAAAUUAGUGACGUUUCUGAACGAAAAUUUAUGCCGCGAACACGGAGCGUAGCUAGCACUACAUCUAGAGCUUUGUCAAUUCGAAGUCUUUGAGUCUCUCUAUAUAGAAAUGAAUUGAGGGGCAAGAAGAUUUGCAGAAUUUCUUCACAGAGAACUAUGCGGGUUGAUGUUGAUAUUUGAUACUUCACUUGUAUGUUGAGCUUGAGCACCUCCCGCUUAAUUAUUGAACGCACCACCAAAUAACUAUAAUUUUCACGCGCACAAGCGCGGCGACAGGAGGUAGGCGAACAACCAGAAUCCAACGACGAGAUGCCUUGCACACAACUUCUAACUUGAUAGUGAAUGCUGUACUUUUAAUUAUAGCCAUCACAUCCAGGAUCGUGAGAUGCAUACUCGUUCUCUUAUGCGCACGAUCUUUGAAUGUACAGCUAGAAAAACAUUAGAAGUUAGUUGUGGAUGUUGACCGUAGGCCACAGAAGAAAAAACCUGUGACAGAACCCAAGAGCAUCUUGGCGGAUAAUGCUCGCAGGAUGAUGAAUUUGAACAUCAAGUGCCCCACCAGGCACAGCGAUUAUUUGUAUGCAUGUUGUGGAGCCAGAUGCUAGCAGGUCAACAAAGCAAGGAUUUUGCUGCGUCCACCUACGAUGAAAAAGGCUACUACGUCUCCCAAUGCAGCCUAUUACAACGAAAGUGAUUCUGUCUACCUCCACCCGGCUGUACCUCAUGUAUUCAACACCCAAGAAGUUGUCACAACUUGCAUGGAAUCGUACUUAAAUUUUCAUCCUAGGCUUCUACUUACAGAACUCAAGGAAGAUGAUUGAAACACGACUCUACGCAAGUUGACAAAGACCAAUUUCCCUUCCAUUCCCCUACAGUGGUGCUACGAUUUCGUCCGGAACAAGUUCGGGCGAAAAUAGCCU